UCGACAACAAAGCCCUCAUAUUAUAUUACAUAUUUGGGCGAUUUCUCGCCAGUGUCUAAUCACUGAUUAACCAGAGAAGCGAGAUUACACCCUUGUUUUUUCCUUAAUGUAAUUUACCACUAGUAACAUUCCUGGAAUCUUCUCUCUGACCAGCUGCGAUGUAGUACAACAUCGGCAACUAUGACCGCAGUUAACGGCAAGGAGCAAGACCACGAAGACUUACUUGCGCGACUGGUGCGUGACCUAGAGUCGAAGAAGACUCUGUGUCUUGUCAAGGUCUACGCCGGUGUGUCCCAGCUAAAUCGGCACGUGAAGAAGAUCAGUCCGUUGGUCCAUCCAACAUUUGGCGAGCAGCCUGGCUUCUUCAUCGACGAAGACCAGCUUGUUCCAUUCCGAAUGGUGGUGUUCGGACGAUGUAUGAUUGGACCAUACAUCUGCACGAUGCUGCAUCAAUGGGCUACAUAGAAUGGCCAU